GGCGCGGGAUGCUGCUGGGCGGCCUGUGCACGGCGCUGGCGGGGCUGCUGCUGCUGCGGCUGCUGGUGACGCUGGCGUGCCCCUACCUGCUGCCGGACCUGGCCUUCUUCCUGCGCCUGGUGCGCGUCUCGCAGGGGGCGCGCCGCGGCGCCUCCCGCGUCCCGCCGCGCACCCUCCUGGAGGUCUUCCGCCAGCGGGCGCGCCGCAGCCCGCGCAAGCCGCUGCUGCUCUUCGGGGACGAGGUCUACACCUACGAGCAGGUGGAGCGGCGCAGCAACCAGGCGGCGCGGGCGCUGCGGGAGGCCGCCGGGCUGCGGGAGGGCGACGCCGUGGCGCUCUUCCUGGGCAACGAGCCGGCCUACGUGUGGCUGUGGCUGGGCUGCGCCAAGCUGGGCUGCUCCCUGGCCUGCCUCAACUGCAACAUCCGCGCCAGGUCCUUGGCGCAUUGCUUCCAGUGCAGCGGCGCCAAGGUGCUGCUGGCCGACCCAGAACUAAAAACAGCCAUUGAGGAAGUACUGCCCACCCUGAAGGAAGAAAACGUGGCUGUUUAUUACUUAAGUAGGACAUCCAAUACAGAGGGAGUCGACAGUUUCCUUGACAAAGUGGAUGCUGCUUCAGACGAACCUGUCCCAUUGUCUUGGAGAUCAAAUGUCACUUUUAAAAGUCCUGCUAUGUAUAUUUACACCUCUGGAACGACAGGUCUCCCCAAAGCUGCAGUGAUCACCCACGAGCGCACAGUGUUAGCUUGUGGUCUGAUUAUUGCCAGUGGUGUUACUUCCGAGGAUAUUAUUUAUACUGCUCUGCCACUGUAUCACAGCGCUGCCUUCUUGGUAGGAAUAAACGGCUGCAUUAUGCAAGGUGCCACUAUAGCAUUGCGUUCUAAAUUUUCCGCUACUCAAUUUUGGGAUGACUGCAGGAAAUACAACGUCACUGUCAUACAGUAUAUUGGGGAAGUGCUUCGAUAUCUGUGCAAUGUACCCAAGAAAGACAAUGAUCGUGAUCACAGAGUAAGGAUGGCCAUAGGUAACGGCUUGAGGGCAGACGUUUGGAGGGAAUUUAUUAGAAGGUUUGGGAACAUGCGCAUUUUUGAAUUCUAUGCUGCAACAGAAGGAAAUAUUGGCUUUGUGAAUUAUACUGGGAAAAUUGGAGCUGUAGGAAGAUUAAACUACUUCCAUAAGAAAAUAAUGCGCUAUGACCUAAUUAAAUAUGAUGUAGAGAAAGAUGAACCUGUCCGUGAUGAAAACGGCUACUGCAUCAAAGUUCCCAAAGGUGAAGUGGGACUCUUGAUUUGCAAAAUCACACGCUUUGCGCCAUUUAGCGGCUAUGCAGGGGCAAAGAGCCAGACGGAAAAGAAGAAGCUAAGAGACGUCUUCAAGAAAGGUGACUUGUACUUCAACAGUGGCGAUCUUCUAAUGAUCGAUCGCGACAACUUCAUUUAUUUCCAUGACAGAGUGGGAGACACAUUUCGAUGGAAAGGAGAAAAUGUAGCUACAACAGAAGUUGCUGAUAUUUUGGGACUACUGGAAUUUAUCCAGGAAGUGAAUGUAUAUGGAGUAGCUGUGCCAGGUCAUGAAGGCAGAAUUGGAAUGGCUGCCAUUCGACUACAGGAGGGCUGUGAGUUUGAUGGUGGACGAGUUUAUCGGCAUGUUGCAGACUACUUGCCAACAUAUGCAAGGCCCCGUUUUGUGAGAAUUCAGGAUGCCAUUGAAAUUACAGGAACAUUUAAAUAUCGGAAAGUGCAAUUAGUUGAAGAAGGAUUCAACCCAGCGCUUGUUAAAGACACCAUGUAUUUCCUGGAGGACAAAGAAAAGACAUACGUGCCCCUGACGGAGGACAUUUAUAACUCAAUAUGUAGCAAUAGCCAGAAGCUAUAAUAUGCCCAAAAUGAAUUUUUUUAAAAUCAAUAAUGUUUUUAUUUUUUAGGAAAUUACUGAAAAUUGAUUUGAAAAUGAUCUGUUUAGACCUGGAAGUGGAAAUCUCACUUCUUUAAUGAAGAUGUUUGUGGUAGUGGUAGCCAAUUUUAAAACAAAAUAUGUACAUUUCUUUCCAGCAUCAUCUCCUGUUUGUAUUGCUGUAGCUGAAACGUACAUUCUUUGAUGUAAGAUUGAUGAAAAAUUAGUGGGUCGUUUUCACCACGGCUGUAACCAAACAAGCUGAGCCUUGCCUACUCCAGGGCUUCUUAUUCCAAUCCUAAAAGAGAAUGGAAGUACCUUAACGUAUGACGCUUGUGGGCCACAACCGGAUCCUCACACACAUGCACAUGGGGCUUUGGAGUAGGUAGGCUUCCCCAUUGCACAUCUUCCUGAACUCAAGGAGCUCACCCUUCAUUCAAGUGAAAAGAGCAGGGCUUUUUUUCAGCGGGAAUGGGGUGGAACGGA